AUGAACUACGCAUCGUCCUCCGGGCCAGGGUUGGCCAACUCUUCUUGCCCGGACCCCACGCCAGGCUGCUUCAAUGAAUCGAACCCGCCGCCGCUGCCGCAGCCGCUGGCGGUAGCAGUGCCUGUAGUGUACGCGCUGAUCUGCGCCGUGGGGCUCACGGGCAACUCUGCUGUGCUGCUGGUGCUACUGCGAGCGCCGCGUCGGAGGACCGUCACGGACCUGUUCAUCCUCAACCUGGCCAUCGCCGAUGAGCUCUUCACCCUCGUGCUGCCUGUCAACAUAGCCGACUUCCUGCUGCGCCAGUGGCCCUUCGGGGAGCUAAUGUGCAAACUCAUUGUGGCUAUCGACCACUACAACACCUUCUCCAGCCUUUACUUCCUCACCGUUAUGAGCGCCGACCGUUACCUCGUGGUGCUGGCCACUGCGGAAUCGCGCCGGGUGGCCGGCCGGUCGUACGGCGCCGCGCGCGCUGUGAGCCUAGCCGUGUGGUGCCUUGUCACGCUCGUCGUGCUGCCCUUCGCCGUGUUCGCGAGACUCGACGACGAGCAGGGACGGCGUCAGUGCGUGCUGAUCUUCCCGCAGCCAGAGGCCUGGUGGUGGCGCGCAAGUCGUCUCUACACUCUGGUGCUGGGCUUCGCCCUCCCGGUAACCGCCAUCUGCGCCCUGUACAUCUCCCUGCUAUGCCGGCUGCGCUCCAUGCGGCUAGACAGCCAUGCCAAGGCCCUGGAUCGCGCGAAGAAGCGAGUGACCCUGCUGGUGGUGGCCAUCCUGGCCGUGUGCCUACUCUGCUGGACGCCCUACCACCUUAGCACUGUAGUGGUGCUCACAACCGACCUCCCGCAGACUCCCCUUGUCGUCGCUGUGUCCUACUUCAUCACCAGCUUGAGCUAUGCCAAUAGUUGCCUCAAUCCCUUUCUCUAUGCCUUUCUGGACGACAACUUUCGCAGGAGCCUCAAUCAGCUGCUGGCGUGCCGUGCUGCCCCCUGA